UGAUCCAACGGAUGAAAAUAUCGAACAAUUCGUCGCUGGUAGAGUUUGGCGACAAAAACUUAGCAAAUACCUUGAAGCUAGUGACUUCUCAGAAUUUAAGAAAUCUCAAUCUUCGCUCAAGUCACUUGAAAACUUUAUUGCUAAAAGUUUGAAAAUUCACGUCGAUUAUCAGAUUGCAGUUCGUAACAAAGAAAAACCGUCUUAUAGUGAAAAUGUCUUGACAAAAAUUAAGAAACUCGAUCAACUUACUCUUCAUAUAACUAUUCCAUCGGCAAGCCAACGAAAUUGUGUAAAUGAAUUGGAUCUUAAUCAAAUUGAUGCAGAGUCUUCAGAUAACGAAUAA